AUGGAUAUCCGGCAGAUUGAGGAGAGAUGCGCGGAAUUAACUCUAGCUGAGGAGGAAUCCGGUGGGAUGGAGGCACCCGAGAUCCAAUCCGACCUUGAUGCGGCGAUCCAACACAAAUUGGUGGGUCGGUUCCUCACAGACCAGCCGAUCAAAUUCGAAUAUAUGCAAGAAGUCUUGGCCUCGGUGUGGCGACCGGUGAUGGGCAUGCAUGUGGAGUCUUUGGCGGAUGAUAUGUUCCUGUUUCAAUUCCCCCACCCGAAAGACCUUCAGAGAGUCCUCGAUGAUGGUCCGUGGACGUUCGAAAAUAGUAUGCUGGUUUGCGAGACAGUUCCAAUCAAUACAAGGCCAGAGGAUGUCAAUCUGGACUCAGUCCUCUUUUGGGUUCAGAUACACGGACUACCGGCGGUGUAUGCUUCCAUUGAUUUCCUCAUGCGAAUUGGUAAUUAUGUGGGGACUUUCAUUGCCGUCGAUCCUCUGAAUUUUGGCGGCUCUUGGAGAAGUUUCAUUCGCAUCAAAGUGCAUAUGAAUGUCGCGACACCACUGAAAAGACGUAUGAAGCUAUUUCGGAAGGAUGGUACGUCGCAAUGGGUCUCUUUUCGGUAUGAGAGACUCGGCACUUUCUGUUUCUGUUGCGGGGUGUUAGGGCACUCCGAUAAAUUUUGCAAAAGGGUGUACGAAGAAGGUAUCCUCCCGGAGGCCUUACCGUUCGGGUCGUGGAUGAGAGCAGGACCCAGACGUCAAGCGAAGCCAAUAGGGGCUAAGUGGUUGUUGCCAUCAUAG